AUGUCAGAAACUAAGGAGCAGCUCGUUCAAAAAGCCAAACUCGCCGAACAGGCUGAGCGUUACGAGGACAUGACUCGUGCGAUGAAAGAAUUCACGGAGCUUGGUGGAGAGUUGUCGAACGAGGAACGCAAUCUGCUCUCGGUCGCCUACAAGAACGUGGUUGGAUCGCGCCGAUCUUCGUGGCGUGUGGUCAGCGCAAUUGAGCAAAAGGUGGAGGGGAACGACAAGAAGCAAGAGCUCGCAAAAGAAUAUCGCGAGAAGAUCGAAAAGGAGCUACGCGAUAUUUGCUUGGAAGUUUUGGAUUUGCUCGACAAGCACUUGAUUGCAAAGGCUGAGAAUGUUGAGAGCAAAGUUUUCUACCUCAAGAUGCAGGGCGACUACUAUCGCUACUUAGCUGAAGCAGCCUCGGGAGACGAGCGUCAAGGAGUGGUUCAGAAAUCUGAGCAAUCCUACCAGAAAGCUCUCGACUUGGCCAAAGAACAGAUGCCGCCCACUCAUCCAAUUCGACUCGGACUGGCACUCAACUUUUCUGUAUUCUUUUACGAAAUCCUAAAUGCUCCUGACAAGGCUUGCAUUCUUGCAAAACAGGCUUUCGAUGAUGCCAUCGCUGAACUGGACUCACUCAACGAAGACUCAUACAAGGAUUCGACUCUUAUCAUGCAGCUUCUUCGCGACAAUCUUUCCCUGUGGACGGAGAACGCCGAUGACAGCCAGACCGAAGAGCAGCCAGAACAGCCAACAAUGGAA